CCAUUCUUGAACAUUGCUGAAGUUUGCUCUCUAAAGUUGUGAUUUAUUCCUCUGCAAUGAAGUCUAUUGUGUUUGCUUUGCUGGCUGUGGCUGUGGCUUGCAGUGCAGAUGAUAAAAUCAUUGGAGGUUAUGAAUGUUCACCCAACUCCCAGCCUUGGCAAGUCUAUCUUACUUAUGAUAAUGGCGAACGCUGGUGUGGAGCAUCUCUGAUUAAUGAAAGAUGGGUUGUUUCUGCUGCUCAUUGCUACGUUUCACCUUCUCGUCUUACUGUCCACCUGGGAGAGCACAAUGUGUACACUGAAGAAGGCACAGAGCAGAGGAUUGGGGCAGAGAAAGUGAUUCCUCACCCGAAAUACAAUGAUUUUACAUAUAACAACGAUUUCAUGCUGAUCAAGCUGAAGGAGCCUGCCAUCUUUAACCAGUAUGUGCAGCCAAUCUCUCUGGCGACCAGUUGCUCUUCUGCAGGGGAGCAGUGCUUGGUUUCUGGAUGGGGCAAUCAGAUCACCACUGGAGUUGACUAUGCUGCUGUGCUGCAGUGUUUGAAUUUGCCUGUACUGUCAAGGUCACAGUGUGAGGGUGCAUAUGGAUGGCAAAUAACUGAAAACAUGUUCUGUGCUGGAUUCAUGGAGGGAGGCAAAGACUCGUGUCAGGGUGAUUCUGGCGGUCCUGUGGUGUGCAAUGGGGAACUGCGGGGAGUUGUUUCCUGGGGUUAUGGCUGUGCUCAACGUGGCUAUCCUGGGGUUUAUGCUGAGGUUUGCCGCUACAAUGACUGGGUCGAGUCCACCAUAGCUAACAAUUAAUUGUUAGUUUGUUCAGUCAAGUUGGACCUUUGGAUUACAAAUUUGUUUCUCUAAAAUAUCUGAUUAAAUUCAGCUUUGAACAAA